AUGUGGCAAUCGGAAGGUGGCAGCAGUGAAUCUCAGCAAGAAACUACUGCGAGUAGCACAUCAGCUCCUCACUCACAAGACCCUGACCAAGAUGAUACUGCUUCUACGUCGACUUUAUGGACUCGCAGCAUGUAUCCUUCUCAACCGAAGGCGACAACCUCGUCAUUGCGGUCUCGAUCAAUAGCCUCCAGGACUGAAGAAGAACAAGAGGAGGAAAACAAACACAUGCCGGAAAGGACUUUGAGAAGAAUGCCACGGAGCAUACGUAUUGAACGGGUCGUGUCAAAAGCACCAUCGGAAACCACAGUGGCUCGAUCCCCAUCAACUGCGUCAAUUGUGUCUGAUGACGCUUUCAGUCCUGUACAGUACCUAACGAAAGAGCACGCCCAAGUUCCUUCGCAUCCUUCAAGUGCAACCGAGCAUGCAUCGCAGCCUACGGUGAAUGGCUCUGCUCCGUGCCCAGGAUCACAGUAUGAUGAGAAGACCACGGAUGCAUCGGCUGCGGGUCGUACUGGUAGUGAGAAGUUGACAGGCAGCUCUUCCAAGGCGCGGAAAAGCUAUCCAAUGCAACAGUCACUUGAUGGGUCUUCUACUCUGCCCGAUUCACCGCCACAAUCAGAGACUGAGUCAGAACCUGAUGACAUAGCCUCCGUGCCUCAGUCGGAAGAGAUGGCAGUACCCAAGCCAAAGAAGAAGUGGCAACGUCGUAUCUACCCUUUACAGUCGCAGAUUAGUCAUGCCGAUUUGCAACGUGCACCAACACCCCCACCUUCACCACCAGCAAGAGUGCAAGGCUCUGGCGAAAAGGCAUUCCAAGACUUCACUACCGAGAGCAAACAUUCUGAUACAAAAGGAAAGCCUCUACGUCGACAAGUAUACCCUCUACAAUCGCCUGCAAGCGUUGCUAACCUACAGACCGGGACAAACCAGCAGCCGCAGCAAGUCCUCGCCGCAGACCAUACAAGCAAGACACCCACCGACCAGAGCGAAUUCCAUCAAGCUGUCAAGAGAAGGGCAAUACGUCGUCAGAGAUACCCUCUACAGGCACAGGCGAGUGUCGCAAAUCUACAAAAAGCAGAAGUGCCAGAGCAUCAGCAACCUCACAACACUGUGUCUGCCACCAAAUCAUCUGUAGAAGACCUGUCUGAAGACAAUCAAGCUGUCCAGCAGAAGACGGUGAUGCGACGCCAGAGAUACCCUCUGCAAACGCAAGCAAGUGUUGCUAAUCUGCCCAAGUCCGCAGUACCACAAGCAAAAGCAGAGGAGCAUAAGAGUCAAGUUUCACCGCCAGAUGAUAGGCAGAUCGACAAACACGAGGCAAGCCCACAAAAGAGCCACUCACUUCGACGACAGGUUUAUCCUUUGCAAUCUCCUGCCAGUGUUGCCACGCUGCGACACUCGUCCGCACUUGAAAAAGCACAAGAGGUAGAGAACCAGGAUACACUAUCUGUCAGGCCGACCCAAGAUCCAACAAAACUGCGUGUACCAACACCAGUCAACGUUGCUAAUACAACAAGCACUCAGAACUCAUCGCGAGAGAGCGAACUGGCCACGAAAGUGAUCAGUCAGUGGCGUCGCCAGAUAUAUCCCGUGCAGUCACCUAAUCACAAUUCUUACAUUCAUCGGGCACCAUCGCCUCAACCUCCAGGUCUAGAAGCAGAGGAAGACCGUGGCCCCAUUCACCUGCCCAAGAAUCUCCGAGCUGUUAACGACGCUGAUAGCCAUGAUCCUAAAGGACGUACUAUCGUUGUGUGUCUUGACGGAACUGGUGACAAGUUCGACAACGAUAACAGCAACAUCGUUCAUCUGGUCAGUGCUCUGAAAAAGGAUGAUGCAUCCCAGGUAUCUUACUAUCAAGCUGGUAUUGGCACCUACGGAUCUGCAGGUGGGCUCAGCAAGGGCUUUUCUGCUGCGAUGGACAUGGCAGUGGGAUCUGGCCUCGGACUCCACGUUAGGGACGCCUAUCACUUCUUGAUGCACACGUACAAGGAAGGAGACAAGAUAUGUAUCUUUGGUUUCUCACGUGGUGCAUACACGGCUCGAUGUCUUGCUGGCAUGAUUCACAAAGUCGGACUUUUGCCUCCCCGAAACGUUCAGCAGAUCCCUUUUGCCUAUGAGUUUUACACCAAUGAUACUGCUGAAGGGUGGACACAGAGUGAAGAUUUCAAGCGGACAUUCUGUAUCGAUGUUUGUGUCUAUUUCCUGGGCUGUUUCGAUAGUGUGGCAAGCGUGGGUUUCAUACCGAGGCAACUACCGCUUAGCAGUACGCCUUCGAGCCAGGUGCGAUACUUCAGACAUGCAAUGGCAUUGGACGAGCGUCGAGCAAAAUUCAAGAUCUGCCGCCACCAAACAAAGACUUGGGAUGAUAUCGAGAAGUCUUCAUCACCAGCCGAGACUAAUAUCAGGUCUGCAAAUUCUAAAGAGCAAGACCAGCCACCAAAGUACUCUCCUUCCGCAAAAUACGGUGCUCAUGCCGAUGUUGGCGGAGGUGCUGUUGCUAAUGAUGAGCGGCACAAGUUGGCCCAGAUCCCUCUACGCUGGAUGAUUCGACAAGCUUUCGAGUGCAACACAGGUAUCAUUUUCAAGACUAAGUCUCUUGCAGAGUUUGGAUUGGACGUGCACACGUUGUGGCCUAAGUACAAAAGACUUACUGCUCCUUCGCACGGCCCACCACCUUCGCUUCUUGAGAAGUACAAGUCCGAUCUUCCACCACGAUCCAUUCGUCGCUCAAAGCUCGUUCCCAUCGACAAACAUGAGAAGGGAGAGGACUUCUACCACCUCAGAGGCCAUGCUGACGAUGACUGGACUCCAGAACAAGUAGAAGAUUUCUACGAUGCGAUGUCCAUCAUGAACGAUCAGCUCAUACAGGCGCCAACAUGGUGGAUUCUUGAGUUCUGGCCAGUGCAGUACAAGGUGCCUACCGUGCCAGGUGAAGUCGUUGUCAGGACUGGUCCGAACUUGGGUCGAUAUCGUGGUGUCGAUGAUGCUGAACCAAACCUGCACUGGACGGUGCUACGUCGUAUGGAGCAUAUGGGCUACAAGAUCCAGGCAAGGACGGCUGCGCAUGCUACGUGGCAGACUGUUGUGUGA